AUGAGGCACAGUGUUGCGGGUAUAUUUGUCUUUGAAACAUCUUCCCGUUUAUUCUUUCCCUACCCCCCCGCCAACCCGUUCUCUCCUCCUCCUUUCGGUUUCUUUGCUUUCCUUUUCUUUCGCUCACCCCAAACCACCCAGAAUAUUUUCAUCAUAAUCUAUUUCUCUGUGUUUUUUCUUUUCCUUUUGUCUUUCUCUCUCUUAUUGAAAAAAUUCUUGUUUCUUUCCUUCUCUCUCUCUCUCUCUCUAUCUCUCUCUCUUUCUCGAUUUUAUUCUCGGCUUUCACGCUUCCUAUUUGUUACUCUCUCUCUCUCUCUUUCUGUCUCGAUUUUAUUCCCAUCUUUCCCGCUUUUCACACUUACUUUUUUUCAUUUACUUUUUUUCAACUCCUCUUAUUUUUUCUUUCACUCUAUCUUUUUCUCUUUCUAUCUCUUCCUCUUCUCGUCUCUUUCUUUCUUUCUUUCUUUCUUUCUUUCUUUCUUUCUUCCAACUAACCCCCUCACUUCUUUUCCUCCCUUUUCAUAUUCUUCGUUUCUUUUUUCUUUCUUUCUUUCCAUUUUUAUUGCUCUCAGUGCCUUUCUUUCUUUCUUUCUUUCUUUCUUUCUUCCAACUAACCCCCUCACUUCUUUUCCUCCCUUUUCAUAUCCUUCGUUUCUUUUUUUCUUUCUUUCUUUCCAUUUUUAUUGCUCUCAGUGCCUUUCUUUCUUUCUUUUUUUCUUUCUUUCUUUCUUUCUUUCUUUCUUUCUUUCUUUCUUUCUUUCAUUCUUCCACCUAAUCCCCUCACUUCUUUUCCUCCCUUUUCAUAUCCUUCGUUUCUUUUUUCUUUCUUUUUUUCCAUUUUUAUUGCUCUCAGUGCCUUUCUUUCUUUCUUUCUUUCUUUCUUUCUUUCUUUCACCUAAUCCCCUCACUUCUUUUCCUCCCUUUUCCUAUCCUUCGUUUCUUUUUUUCUUUAUUUCUUUCCAUUUUUAUUGCUCUCAGUGCCUUUCUUUCUUUCUUUCUUUCUUUCUUUCUUUCUUUCUCACAUCAAAAGCUAACUCUCCUUUUCCUCCCUUUCAAAUCACUUUUACUUUACGCUUAAUCCCCGGUUAA